UUCCCAUCUAGAUGUAAUGUUGGUGGAGUGUUACGACCCGAAAGCCGACCAGUGGAACAUCCUGCAGACGCCCAUCCUGGAGGGUCGCAGCGGCCCGGGCUGUGCUGUUCUGGAUGAGAGCAUCUUCCUCAUGGGGGGCUACAGCUGGAGCAUGGGGGCGUAUAAGUCUUCCACCAUCUGCUACAGCCCAGAGAAAGCAACGUGGACAGAGUUGGAGGGAGAGGUGGCCGAGCCCCUAGCGGGCCCCGCCUGCUCCACCAUCAUUCUGCCCGCCUGCCUUCCCUUCAACAAAUGACAAUUAAUCAAACCGCGGGGGGGCGGGGGUGACGAGCGUGAAUGGGUGAAGGACCAUCAAUAAGAACAACAGUCGUCAACAAUUUUGUGACAAAACGUCCGGUCAGACGAUGGGGGUGUGUAUAAAUUAUUUUUUUACAGGUUUGACCAGAGCACUUUCGUUAUUACCUACUGAAGGUUUGAGAAAAAAAAGAAAAUAAUUGUGUAACUCAUGUAUUUAAACUCAUCUGUGUUCUGAGAAAUGGUCCGUUUCAUACUUGAUUUGAGUUAAACUGAUAGUAAGUGUUUUUGGCUUCUCUUCUAUAGCACGCAUAGUGUUAAACUGAAUUAUAGCUUUCAAAUCCAUUGUAUCUUGUAUUCAGUAGAGGCAUAUGUCCAUCAAAAUGCAGUGUUGUUUCAUGGACUGGGGAGAAAGGUUGAACAGUCUCAAAUCCCCAUGGGGUUAAGUUAAACUAGGGCUGGGUGAGUUUCCAAAACCAUGAAGAUCAAAGUGUAUAAAUAUUCCUCUUCACUCAUGUUAAACAUCACUUUUCUCUGGCUGUAUUGUGCACUUAUCGUUAUGAAAAUGUUUUGUUGUCUUUAUCUUGAAUGGGGAAAUGUCCAGAAACCUUUCUGCAGUCAUUAUUUAACUGACAUGGUAUGCAUAGAAAAACAAAGUAACUCUACCUGAUCCAUUACCAAACAGGACAAUGUAAAAAAACACAUUUACACAACGAUCUUUAUGAGGAUGUGUCCUUUCACCCAGCCCUAAUUUAUGACUAAUUAUGUUGAUAAUUUACACCAAAACUGAAGUUGUGUUUCUGUAUAUCUUGACAGAAAAAACAUCUUGCCAAAUGUUUGUGGCAUAUAUUUCUCAUGCUUCAAGCAAAACAAUUCAAGGGUUACCAUUGACUCCUAAUAUUCAUAUGACGCACUAAUGUCCAUGUUAAAUAUAAAAUGGCGGUACAAUCAAAUUUUAAAUUGCUAACCAAUGUAUUAAUGGUUGGUAUGUUUGGGUAAACAGAUGAGAUUGUUCAUCUUUCCAAGUUAUUGCUAACAGGCCUGUUUAUGAGGCCAUAUAGCAUUUACCUUGAUGGUAUUCUAAUCUUUAAUGUAUGAAAAACAAACAAGCAUAAAAUGGUCCUUAAUGCACUAAUGGUGAACUUUUGAUUCAGCAAGCAAAGUUCACUUAAAUGUAAAUCUAUUAAUGUGCUGUGUUUGAAAAAAAAGUGAUAAAAUGAAUCUAAGUCCAGUCUAAUCUACGUUAUUAGGUUCAAAAAGUUGUCAGUACCUGUUGACUUCUGUAAAGAUUUGUUGAUUUCAUUCUUGUACAUAAUCGCUUGCAGUGAAACAUUUUUGUGCACUCAACAUUGGAUUUAUUCUCAAAUCCUGUUAUGUCCUUUGCAUUUUAGAAUA